GCUACCAUCACAAUGCCUGAAGUAAACACAGAUCACCUGGAUGAGCAGCAGGUGCAGCUCUUGGCAGAGAUGUGCAUCCUUAUCGAUGAAAAUGAUAAUAAGAUUGGAGCGGAUACCAAGAAAAACUGUCACUUGAAUGAAAACAUUGAUAAAGGUUUACUGCACCGAGCUUUCAGUGUUUUCUUAUUUAAUACAGAAAAUAAACUGUUGCUGCAGCAGAGGUCAAAUGCAAAAAUUACAUUUCCAGAUUGUUUUACCAACACUUGUUGCAGUCAUCCUCUGAGCCAUCCACUAGAACUGGAAGAAAAUAAUGCCAUUGGUGUUCGGAGAGCAGCGCAGAGACGACUGAAAGCAGAGUUAGGAAUUCCCAUGGAGCAGGUAACUCCAGAAGAAAUCUCCUAUCUGACACGAAUUCACUACAAGGCCAAGUCUGAUGGGAUCUGGGGUGAACAUGAGAUAGACUACAUCUUAUUUGUACAGAAGGACGUAACACUGAAUCCCGACCCUAAUGAAAUCCAAAGCCACUGCUAUGUGACACAGAAAGAACUGAAACAGCUCUUGGACAAAGCCUCCAAGAAUGAAGUUAAGAUUACUCCGUGGUUUAAACUAAUUGCAGAGACCUUUCUUUUUAAGUGGUGGGAUAACUUAUCGAGCUUGAACAAAUUUGUUGAUCAUGAAAAAAUACACAGAAUGUAAAUAGCUGGGGUACAAGGUGCUGAAGGCUAGCAGUGAUGUGCUGUCUCAUUAAUAUUAUGGUAACUUGUGACUCUUGAGUGCAGAAAAGUCAUCCACCUGGAGCAUCUUUAACAAAUAACUUUAUUCAGAGAUGGUUAUAGCCAGUGUUUUUUCUUUGCUUUUCACCUCCUUUUCCCCCCAGCCCUCUUCCUCUUGGGCGAGUUAAGCUUAAUCUCAUGUAAAAUGGGUAACAGUAACGUAAGAAACCCCUUGGGUUCAUCCUUCUCCAUUACCUCAUGUGAUAUGAAAGAUCCUCAGCCUGUGUGUGCCCAGUUGGCUCUUACUUCCUUGCCUAACUACCUAGGCUGUGAGGGAGUUUGGGCCCCUCCUAUACAGCCCAUUCGGUAGAGCUGGCACGUUCCCAACUUCACAUGACUAUGCCUUCUGAAAUAGUGACUACAAAGGAAUCCGAGUUCUGCAUUGAUGGUGAGAAGACUAGUUGCCUGAAGAAAAAAAUAAUUAAUUCAAAGUAAUCAGGACGAUUUUAAUUGCAGAAAGAAAAUCUCUCCAGCUACUGUACUCUGUAAUUAACCAAACACAUAAAAGGUUAAGUGAUUGGAUUGUCUGUGUGGACUGAGUUUCACUUUGAAGUGCUGCAUUAUAUAUCAUAGCUUUAAAUAAUAAACAUUGGGGGGUUGGUUUGGUUGGUUUUUUUCCCCCCCACCAUCCCUUUCUGGUUAGUUGAUGACCAAGUACUGGACAUCUCUUAAAAAAAAAUUUACCACAUGUAAAUGGUACCAAUCUAAUCUAGGAAGUAGCCUGCCCUUGGAGAAGGGAUAUGCAUUCACUUACUCUAUCUUCCAGAAAACACAGGCAACUUGAUACAAGCUUUUUUUCCUGCAACAUCUACUGUAAUAGUCAUUCCUGGACCACUCAAGCCCCUUGAACUCAAAAUUCAAGACUGACAAUUUAUGGGCUUAUAUCAGGUCAUAAUUUCAGUUAAUCGGAAAUUGUACUGUAGUGUAAGAGCUAAUCCUUUUUGAUCAUGUAGUCAAUUGCUAGUUACGAGUAAAAUAGAAGGCUUUUCUUAAUAAGACAAAUAAUCAAAGGUAUCUCAGUUUGAAUUAAAGUUUUUUGGGUUUGUUUGUUUGUUGGGGUUUUUUCCCAAAAAAAAGCUUAAUUGUUGUUUCUUCUGUUAGCAGAAUACUCAACCUAGAUUUCUUAAGUUAACUUCUCCCAGAGGUGUCUUGAUGAAAUAGGAUGUUGUUCAUGCCACUUCUCCUUGCACAUAAACCAUGGCUGUAACUAGUCUGUGUCUGGUUUCAAGGUAAAGCUAAAUUUUUCCAGUGGUUAAGAUGGUUUCUCUUUCUCAUCACAAUUGUGACUGCAACCCUGAAGCUUCUAUGUGCCCGCAGCUCUAGCAGGUUAACACCUAAAAGUUUUAGAGCGAAGUUGUUGUAUGUUGACCUGAAUUGAUGUAUUGUCUCGAAGCAAGUAAGUGGGUGAGGAAACAGUAAUGCUAUGUAACAUCUCUCCUGAAUUCAGUGCAAUCAAUCAGCCACAUUACCUAAGUAAUAUAUUAGAGUACUUUUCAAAUACUUAAGAUGCUUUUUAAGUAAGAGUCUCUUAAAGAUAAGUUUCUGAUUAAAAUACCUA